UCAUAUGGGAGCAAUGACGUAUGAUGAAUGGAGGGAUACGUGGGUGAGUGAAGGAGUAUACCCCACUGCGCUUCUAGGGUCCUCCACAGCGCCGUCUGACUCCACGACCAGUACUUUGGUGAGUCGUGCUGGGGAUUUCUUUUGCUCUAUGCAUUCGCGGGACAAGAAGACCGGAAAAUGGUCCAUCAAGGCUCCGGAAACCAAAGAAAUGACAGAUAAGCUACUUGAGUACACUGGAGAGCUUGUUGAAGGCAAGCUCGUCCCGACGGUAGAGAAGGAUCCCUUCACCUUGGCUAUGGGAAAGCCCUACCAUCCGGGAUGGGUAUUAGGUGCUGGGGGGAGCUUGCUAGGAUGGGAGAAGUGGCAUCAAUUAAAGAACAAGUGCGCAAUGAGAUGCGUGAAGAGUUCAAUGCAUGGGUGA